GGAAAACCUCCCACCUGGGCCUUUGCCCCAGGUCCAGAGUCUGUGCCUUAUCUAGGCAGUUGCCGAGAACCACUGGACGCCACACGGAACAGAAAUUCCCUGUUUUCCAGGGGCCUGUGACAGCAUCACAGCAUCUGAGGCCAUGGCCAGCGGGGACGAUGAGCCCAGGAACUGUAUGGUAUGUGGAGACCGAGCCACGGGCUAUCAUUUCCAUGCCCUGACUUGUGAGGGCUGCAAGGGCUUCUUCAGACGAACGGUCAGCAAAAGCACCGGGCUCACCUGCCCCUUCGCUGGAAGCUGUAAGGUCAACAAGGCUCAGAGGCGCCACUGCCCGGCCUGCAGGUUGCAGAAGUGCCUAGAUGCUGGCAUGAGGAAGGAAAUGAUCCUGUCGGCUGAAGCCCUGGCGCUGCGGCGAGCAAAGCAGGCCCAGCGGCGGGCCCAGCAAGCACCUCUGCAGCUGAGCAAGGAGCAGAAAGAGCUAGUCCAGACACUCCUGGGGGCUCACACCCGCCACGUGGGCACCAUGUUUGACCAGUUUGUGCAGUUCAGGCCUCCAGCUCAUCUGUUCACCCACUACCAGCGCUUGCCCAUCCCAGUCCCUGUAAUGCCUCUGCUCGUGCACUUGGCGGACAUCAACACUUUCAUGGUACAGCAAGUCAUCAAGUUCACCAAGGACCUGCCCCUCUUCCGGUCCCUGCCCAUGGAGGACCAGAUCUCCCUCCUCAAGGGCGCAGCUGUGGAAAUCUGUCACAUUGCUCUCAACACCACGUUCUGCCUCCAAACGCGACACUUCCUCUGCGGGCCGCUGCGCUAUACGAUGGAGGACGGCGUCCACGCGGGCUUCCAGGAAGAGUUUUUAGAGUUGCUCUUUCGCUUCCAUGGGACCCUGAAGCGACUCCAGCUCCAGGAGCCCGAGUACGUGCUCCUGGCCGCCAUGGCCCUCUUCUCUCCGGACAGGCCUGGGGUUACCCGGAGGGAAGAGAUAGACCAUCUGCAAGAGGUGAUGGCCCUGACCCUGCAGAGCUACAUCAGAGGCCAGCAGCCCAGGCCUCGGGAUCGGUUUCUGUAUGCGAAGCUGCUGGGCCUGUUGGCUGAGCUCCGGAGCAUUAACAAUGCGUACGGGCACCAAAUCCAGCACAUCCAGGGACUGUCUGCCAUGAUGCCGCUGCUCCAGGAGAUCUGCAGCUGACACCCCAGCCCGCCUCCUCCCCGGCCCACCCAGACACACUGGACUGCAAAGGGGCAAAUGCUGGGGCCGGAGGUCAGGAUUGGUAGAAAGGGAGCCCAGUGGUCGUAAUGAAAGACUAAAGUGAU